GGCUGUUCAGUUAAGCAGGUGCCAGUGGGAAAGAAGAGCCCAGUGCUGUAUCCCUGACCGAUGGGAGCAUGAGCUCCAGCCGAAGUCCCUUCCAGUCCCCUUCGGGUGCCUUCAAGGGCUCAGGCUAUGGCUGGGCCAGGCCUGGGAUCUUCCCCAGGGCACCCAGUGUCCAUGGAGGCGCAGGAGGUGUUCGAGUCUCUAUUUCCUCCACAGCAUCAUUCUGGUCAUCCCCCAAACCUGGGGGCUAUGGAACAGGCUUUGGUGUAAACCAAGGAGGCAGCAUCCUCACUGGUGGGAAUGGGAAGCAGAUGAUGCAGAAUCUGAAUGACCGUCUGGCCUCUUACUUGGAGAAGGUACGCUCCCUGGAGGCAGCCAAUACAAAACUUGAAAGUCGCAUUCUGGAGUGGCAUAAGAAGAGGGAUCUGGACAAGAAGCAAGAUUACUCUCAAUAUGAAGAAAAUAUCAGCCACCUGCAAGAACAGAUUACGGAUGGAAAACUGGCAAAUGCUAAGAUUCUCCUCCAUAUUGACAAUGCCAGGAUGGCAAUGGAUGACUUCAGCCUCAAGUAUGAAAAUGAACUGUCCUUCAAGAAAGACCUAGAAACAGAAGUAGAGACACUUCGGAAGAUCCUGGAUGACAUGACGAUUGUCACAACUGACCUGGAACUGGAGGUGGAGGGCAUGAGGAAGGAGCUUAUUCUCAUGAAGAAGCACCAUGAGGAGGAAAUAAGCAAACAGCACAUGACAGAUGACAUCAAGGUUAACGUGAGAGUGAACUCCACUCCAGGAGAAGAUCUGAUUAAGAUUCUUCAGGACAUGAGGCAAGAAUAUGAGUUAAUAAUUAAGAAGAAACAUCAAGACUUGGACACAUGGUACAAAGAGCAGUCAGAAUCAGUGUCCCAGGAGUUGGAAAGCAGGACAGCCUCUGUGCAGAGCAGCAAGGACAAUAUCCAUGAACUGAGACGUACCUUCCAGGCCCUAGAGAUUGACCUUCAAACCCAGAAGAAUAAAAAAUGUGUCCUGGAGGGCAUGUUGGCAGACACCCGGUCCCGCUACUCCUGCCAGCUCCAGGACAUGCAGCAAAUCAUCUCCCGUUAUGAGGAAGAGUUGAUGCAACUGCGCCAUGACCUGGAGCGCCAGAACAAUGAAUACAAGAUCCUGCUGGGCAUCAAGAACCAUCUGGAGAAUGAGAUUGCCACCUACCGCCACCUCAUGGAGGGCGAGGACAAAGGAAAAAUAGAAGACUACAAAUCAGAGUUGAAAGCUCCAAAGAUCAAGGCCAUACUGCAGGAAACUGUGAAUGGAAGAGUAAUCCUUUCGAAAGUCAAUGAGAUUCAGAAGCCUGAGUGAAGCAUAUAAAAAUUCUUGCCAGUUGUAAAUACUUUUUUCAUGAAAAUGCUGACAGGCUUAAACCACUUAUGAAAGUGUUGUACAUGUCGCAUUCAGAGUUAUUAGCAUAUCAAAUUUCAGAGCUCACCUUUUUCUCCAUAAUAUGACUACUUUCUCACUGUACUUGCCAAAUUAGUAAAAUAAUAAAUUAAUAAAAAUAUUAAUAAAUAGCUCCCCUCUUAUCAUCA